AUGGAUGUUCAGAUUGCUCAAACUGCUGAAACAAUAAAAAGGCAACAGGGAACACUCCCAUGGAAAACAUACAAGAAUCCCAAGGACUGUAAUGCAGUCGAACUGAGAAGUGGAAGACAUCUAUCAGAUCCUGUCCCCAAGAAGCUCACUGCUCAAGAGAAGGGAAAACAGAAAGAGGGAGAACAACCUCCACUUGAGGAUGUCCACGACGAUGAACAUGAACUGGAACAACCAACAGUCGUAAAACCAGUAGCUCUCACGACGCAAGAUCUACCUGUUCCUACUCGCGUCUACACUCCAAAAGUUCCCUACCCAGUCUCUGCUAAGAAAUCACGCAAAGAUUGUGAAGAGAUGAAGUGCAAGAAGAUGCUAGAUGAGUUGAAUGUUAAGUUAUCUCUCAUGGAUGCUAUUCAGAUGAUUCCUUCAAUGCACAGUCUUGUGAAAGGGCUGAUCUCUAGGAAGACCUCUGCAGACAGCAACAUCAUGAUGGUCUCGAAAGAAUGUUCCAGUGUGAAUCUCAUGCCCUACUCAGUUGCAAAACACAUGGGACUAACCAAUUUCAAGCCAACCAGGAUUUCAUUGGUGUUCGCAGACAGAUCAGUAAAGUUGCCAGUAGGUGUUCUCGAAGACUUGCAAGUUCAAAUUGGUGACACCACAAUUCCGGCAGAUUUCAUGGUUCUGGAGCUCGAAGAUGAACCGAAAGACCCUCUCAUUCUAGGCCAAACUUUCCUAUGCAUAGCUGGUGCAAUCAUUGAUGUCCGCAAUGGGAGGAUCGAUCUCCAACUGGGAGAUAUUGUGAUGAAGUUUGAGAUGGACGAGCUGCUCAAACGACCUAUGCUAGAUGGUCAGAACUUCAUGAUUGACGAAGAGAACGCCGCCUUGACCCCUCAACAAGGGAUGAUCGAAGAAAUCCUCGCAGAUGAUCCUUUGGAAGUAGCCCUGAUACGAGUAGAGUCUGAGCAGAACACAUGCAACGUUGAUGCUAACGGGUACGAAAAGAUGCUAGACUCGAGUGGAAGCAUUGAAUAG